GCGUCGCUCCGGGAUUCUUGAUAUCCCUGCGCGCGGAGAACUUUGCGCGCACGCAAAAGGGCUUCCUUGGAGGGCCAUCUGCUUACGCGAACGUUAAGAUAAAAUAACCAGGGAGGCUGUCGGGCAAACCGCACCACAAACCACACUUUCCUUUUUUCCAGACGGACAGGUUUCCCUUCCUGGCCGGGGCGCCCAAGUACCCGGAGCAGUGUUCUCUGGGCCCGCAGCUGAAAUCACUGGAAGGGAAGGGAGUUUCGGGGAGCGCUCAGCCUGUAGGGGCAGAUUCUGGCCGCAGCGCGUCCCACGGAAACCGUGCGGGGGUGACUGGGAUGAAGAGCGGUUUUCGGGUGCGCGAAAAGCUCAGACAGCCGCUACUAGUCAAAUCACCAGCCCCUUCUCCAAGGCCGUCGGGGCGCGCCGGGGCCGCCUCGCGUGACCACCUGCGUGCGGCGACUCCAGCCAGAGUCCGAGCCUCGGGGACCGUCCCCGCGCGCCCCGCCCGCUGGCGCGCCCCGCCCCCGCCAGGUCCAGCUGCCUCCUCCCUCGACUCAGACCUUAAAAACGGAUGGCGCGUUUGGACUCUGCAGAGUGGCUGUGGGCAAACGGGCCACGCCUCUGAGACUCCAGCCGUCGGAGCCACCAGCUCGGGGGGUCGUGAGAGCUGGGCAUUGCCUCCACUCAGGCACCCCUAACCCCAAUCCCCACGCUGUUAGGAAACCCCGGCUCUGCCGAGGCGUCACGUGCAGCGGGGCUCGGCCAAGGAGCCACCUUUCUCGGUCCCCAUCCCCAUCCCAGCGCCCCGAGCUCUGACUGCGCCUCCUGGCUCCAGAGUGAGCGCGAAGGCUCCGGCAGCAGGUGUCCGCGGCGGGCGUCCCACUUUCUGGAGACGCUCGGGCUGUCGUCUUGCCCCCGCCCCUUCUCGGAGCCCGCGGUCGCUCGCCGCUGGAAACCGUGCCUCUUUGCAGCAUGGCCACCAGGCUCAGCCUCGACGACCCCCUGCUGCCCAUCGCGCUGUCCGCACAGCAAGCCACGCUCCUGCUGCUCCUCUCGGUGCUGGCCGCCGUGCACGUGGGCCAGUGGCUGCUGCGGCAGCGGCGGCGCCAGCCAGGGUCCGCGCCCCCGGGGCCCUUUGCGUGGCCGCUGAUCGGCAACGCCGCGGCGAUAGGCCCCGCGCCGCAUCUCUCCUUCGAGCGCCUGGCGCGGCGCUACGGCGACGUCUUCCAGAUCCGCCUGGGCAGCUGCCCGGUGGUGGUGCUGAACGGCGAGCGCGCCAUUCGCCAGGCCCUGGUGCAGCAGGCCACCGCCUUCGCCGACCGGCCGCCCUUCGCCUCCUUCCGCGUGGUGUCGGGCGGCCGCAGCCUGGCGUUCAGCCAGUACUCGGAGCGCUGGAAGGCGCAGCGGCGCGCGGCGCAGGGCACCAUGCGCGCCUUCUCCCCGCGCCAGCCGCGCAGCCGCCGCGUCCUCGAGGGCCACGUGCUGGGCGAGGCGCGCGAGCUGGUGGAGCUGCUGGUGCGCGGCAGCGCGGGCGGCGCCUUCCUCGACCCGCGGCCGCUGACCUUGGUGGCCGUGGCCAACGUCAUGAGCGCCGUGUGCUUCGGCUGUCGCUACGGCCACGAGGACGCCGAGUUCCGCGAGCUGCUCAGCCACAACGAGGAGUUCGGGCGCACGGUGGGCGCGGGCAGCCUGGUGGACGUGCUGCCCUGGCUGCUGCGCUUCCCGAACCCGGUGCGCACAACCUUCCGAGAGUUCCAGCAGCUCAACCGCAACUUCAGCAACUUCGUCCUCGACAAGUUCCUGCGGCACCGCGAAAGCUUCCGUCCCGGGGCCGCCCCCCGCGACCUGAUGGACGCCUGCAUCCUCUCGGUGGGAAAGGAGGCGGCCGAGGGCUCGGGCGACAGCGCCGCGCGGCUGGACGAAGACUACGUGCCGUCCACUGUCACCGACAUCUUUGGCGCCAGCCAGGACACGCUCUCCACCGCGCUGCAGUGGCUGCUCAUCCUUUUCACCAGGUACCCUGACGUGCAGGCUCGGGUGCAGGCAGAACUGGAUCAAGUCGUGGGUCGAGACCGCCUGCCCUGCCUGGACGACCAGCCCAAACUGCCCUACAUCAUGGCCUUUCUUUACGAAGCCAUGCGCUUCUCCAGCUUCGUGCCCAUCACCAUUCCUCACGCCACCACUGCCAACGCCUCUGUCUUGGGCUACCACAUUCCCAAGGACACGGUGGUGUUUGUUAACCAGUGGUCCGUGAAUCAUGACCCCGUGAAGUGGCCUAACCCAGAGGACUUCGAUCCCACCCGGUUCUUGGACCAGGACGGCUUCAUCAACAAGGACCUGGCCAGCAGCGUGAUGAUUUUUUCAAUGGGCAAACGGCGCUGCAUCGGGGAAGAGAUUUCCAAGACACAGCUGUUUCUCUUCAUUUCCAUCCUGGCUCACCAGUGCAAUUUCAAGGCCAAUCCCGACGAGCCCGCAAAAAUGGAUUUUAAUUACGGCCUGACCAUUAAACCCAAGUCAUUUAAAAUCAACGUCACUCUCAGAGAGUCCAUGGAGCUCCUCGACAGGGCUGUCCAAACGUUGCAAGCCGAGGAAGACUGCCAGUGAGAAGCCAGAAGCAAGCUGGAAUUUUAGAAGGUCUCAAGUUUUGGGGGAUGGGGAGUAAAAUUUUCCAGCUCCUCUGUGCAACUUUCUCAGUUCGCCUCUAAAGUGAGCCCAGAUCCUCACUGGGCUGUGCAGGAGCUCUGGGAAGAUUUCUUUUCAUUCCAAGAGUGAAGAGGCCCAAAGAAGUUUUAUACAUACAUCGAAUGCUGGUAAUAACUUCUCCAGAGAGCAUUCUUUGGAGAUAAAACACAUUUGGGCACACAUGCAGAACUACCUGAUGAAGAGGUACUUCCAAUUCCAUGCUUUCGUGGGUGGGAUCGCAGGUGGAUGUUGUGUGUGCUGAACAGCAGUAGAAAACCGUAUUGAGCAAAGUUUUAGAAUAUAUUGUUGAAUAUGCAAAGGCACAUAAUUUCAGUGUAAGACAUGUGAUUGAGGGUGAGAGGGAAAAGAUUCAGACCCGAAAGUUCCUUCUCACCUUGUCAAUACAAUAGCUUAGUUAGGCUCUGGUAUCUGUGGAUGGAUUUAUGUUUUGGCCUACUGAUGUGCUUUCUCAUAUUAUUUUGGAUGAUUCAUAAAGUCAUUUGCUGAAAAGGAAAUUAAUAGUAGUUGGUUUAAUGAUUAUAAUGGGUUUCAGUGAUUUAUCAUUAAUUAUAAAAUGUAAAUUGUUAAAUUGUAAAACAUUCCAACCUGUGUUGAUUGCCAAAGUACAGAAUUUCAAUUAUAAGCAAUAUCCACGCCCCCG